AAAGUCUCCUCUCAAAUAGAAAUGGAGGAAGAAAACCCUACUGUCCUGAAUGAAGAUAUGAAUGAAGUAGUGGAAAAGAGAAAGGCUUUGAUUAAAGUGGUAUUCCUGAAAGUGGGUGAGAUUGAUACCCUGAAGGAGUUCUUCGUUGCCGACGUUUUCAUUCAAAUAAAAUGGCGGGAACCUACACUGGAUAUACUUACAGAGGGAGCCAGGAUGAAGCAGGUUCUCACAGGGGCAUUGAGGAGUCUUACACAGAAUAAUUUAGAAAUACCGAAAGAAAAGAGUGAAAAAUUUCAUUUUGAAAACUAUUGGGAUCCGAAGAUAGUUUUUCAGAAUGUUUUAAGCGAAAGCAAACAUUCCGAGUGGAAGCUCUUGAAACAUAACGAAGAUGGCGAAGCUUUUAUUGUACAGAAGCAUCGUCUCAAAGCAACUUUUUCAGAAAACCUAGAACUUGCCUUAUUUCCCUUUGAUAUUCAGGAUUUAACAUUGAUCAUCAGUACAGAACGUUCAGAGGCUGAAAUAGAACUGGAAGAAGAUACGGAGGAAAUAUCCAGUGUCCAAAUUGACAGUUUUGCCAAAGAGCAGGAAUGGACGCUUCACGAAUGCGUAUCCAUCACACCCAAAGUUACAACCAAGGCAUACACAAAUCCAGGUUACAAAAACCCUGGUGUGGUGGUUGGCUGUUUUGCUGGAAGGCGAGCAGGGUUCUUCAUCUGGAAUGUCAUGCUUAUAAUGACGCUGAUUAGUUCUUUAUCAUUGGCGACCUUUUCAGUGGAUAGGGCUCUACCACAGAACCGUCUACAGCUUUCCUUCACGUUAGUCCUGACUGGCGUUGCCUUCAAAUUUGUCGCUAAUCAGUCAAUACCUAAAAUAUCAUAUCUAACACAUCUGGACAGGUAUAUUUUGGGCAGCAUGAUCUUCCUGUACUUGAUUUGUAUGUGGCAUGCGUUUGUGACCCUUAUUGGCGACACGGCAACAAGCGAAGAGGCAGACAAGGACGCCUUCAUCGUGUUCGCAUCGUGUUUCGUGUGUCUGCAAAUUUUAUUCAUUGUCAGCGUUGUAAUAAGCGGAUACCAAAGAUAUUCAAGCGUGAAGAAAAUAGAGAGGCAAUAUCAGGAAAAGGCCAACAGAAGUAUUCCUAAAGAGAAACCAUCAAUGAAAAGAACUCGGAAAGUCAGAUCCAUGAACGUGUGAUGAACCUCAAAUAUUGUGUAAAUACAAUAGUGUAUUGAGCACAAAACCU